AUGCUGCGGCAGAACAACUACACGACAUCGUUCCCAGCUGGGACCACUAUGCACAAUACAUCGAACAGUUCAGAAAGGAUGGGUGCUUUUGGAACACUUCCAUUAGAUCAUCAAGUACCUGGCCCAAGUACUCAAAAUCGACCUACUUCCUCAAACUCCAUGCAUGAACAAAUAGUUCAUAUCGACUCCCAGAAUCAUUAUCAUCAAACUCCCACAAUAUCCAGACCUCUCGAUGCUGGUUCAACUUCUCGUCAUACGUACAUACCUUUGAAGCCUCAUAUGAAGAGGAGCGAUGUGUACCAGCCAACAGUAUCAAAUGCUGACACAAGUGAGAGCCGGAAAAAGUAUGACAACUUAUCCGAUGUCUAUACAAUGUCUGGUGAUACUGUAGAAUUUGCAAGAAAUCUAGGGCAAUACUUAAAUGAGAAAAUACCAUACAUAGUUACAGUCAGCUUACUCAUUAUUCUUUGCAUAGUAUUUUUCAUUUUUGGCUUAAUAGGAGCAUUGAAUAUCCCAUUUUGCGAAAUACAGCCAAUGAUUCCAGUUUGGCUGAUCAUUGCGAGCUUAUUAUUUAUCGUAUCAGCGAUAUUUAGAAUAUAUAACCUUAUACCUUCACCACCUAGUAGACACAAAACGUUGUCCUUAGACCUUUGUGUCAAAGGUUUAGAGGUUUUACUGGCAAUAGCGAAUAUUGUCUGGUUAAUUCUCGGCGCAGUUUGGGUCUACGGAAACAAGGCAUACGUCCACUUCGAAGAGACAUUCUUUCAAGAACAUUACUGUGAAGAAACUGUCUAUUGGACGGCUUUCAUAGCAGUAACAGGAUAUUUGAUUCUAAUCUGUUUUUUGAUUGUGGGGCUUAUAGUACUGUUGUGCGUUGGCUCAUAUAAAGAAGCUACACCCCGAGAAAUCCCCUAA